AGAUGGACCAAGGCAAAGGCUCUAUCAUCCUCGACCUCGAACGCAAACUCAACCCUACCAGGUUCUCCAGAAGAGGCCGCAGAGACCAAUACUGCAAAAUUUCUCUGAACUACUACUGGGACCUGCUCAAGUACGUUGACGACGACUACUUGUCUGAGUGGGAGGUGCUCAAGUUCAAAGACUUGUAUGCCAACCAGCUCGGCAACAUGAUCUGACAGACCACCACUUGUUUUGCUAUUGGCUACCUCGCAACCAAAAUCCUGAUGGCUCCGAACUUGAUUUCACGCACCAACGGGUACUUGUUAAGACUGCCUUUGAUGGCGACAAUCACUUCGUGGUUGUGUGUGCAGAGUCCACAUUGGAUGAGACCUAACAAAGAGUUCCACGAGAUAAUGUGACAACCAAAUCCCCACGGAAGCUAUAUAAGAAAGGUUGUCCGAUUCCAUUUCCCUAAGCUCUGGGAAGACGUAAGUGCUAACUUGCACGAAAACGGCUACAACCUCAAAGAAAUGAACGAAUACGACAACCAGACAGAAAUGCCUGAGCUUUCUGAAGGCUUCGACACUACAAGAAUAUAAUCACUUGAGGAACAAUUAUCAUUGCUUCAAUUUUA